CGCACAGUGCAACAUUCUUACGAGAAAGUCCGAGCCAAAAUGCACAGUCUCAACUCUGCAGUCCUGCGCAUUCGACGCAAUCGGCGGAGGAUGCUGAUACCGCACCGUAUGAAGCUCUCUUCCCCAUCGACUUCUCGGUCGCCAGAAGCACCGCCUCCCUUUUCCACGGGGGGCAGUCGGCGUUCGUCUCCUCCCCUGACCUCAACUUCCAAGGAAGCCUCGUCGCUUGCCUCGAGCCCCCUUAGCACAGUGGCAUCCCCUCCUACAUCGUCUCCCCAGACGUCGGCUGCGGCUACCACCUCCUCACCUGUGGGGUCUGAUCCUGCCAGCCCAGAGAAAGCAUCUUCAAGCUCUCCUUCCAAGUGCUGAGAAAGAGGCAUCUCUGUCGUCGCCAGUGAUGCAGGAUGCAGACUCUCUGGAAGAUCUGAGCAGAACUGAGGAUUCCCUGAGCACAGUUAGGGAAGUGCUUCCCCCAGGUAGACCACCUCCCACCAAGCCCACGACCUUGUCCUGGAAACCAUUGCAUUCGCCCGGCAAGCCUCGUGCACCUCCGCCACCAACAAGACCUGAAGGAAAGGGUGAUGAUGAAUCUCCUAGAGCCUCAAAAAAUGAACAUUCACCGUGUCCCGACACUCCCACCUCCCAGACGCAGGCGUCUGGCUCCACAGCUAUGGCCUUCACAAUCCACUUCGACAAUGACACGACUGGCAGCAGGCCGCUGGCCCUUAAGGACAGCAUACGAAAAUUUGCACCUCCGAAACCGGAGUCUGAGCGAACGCCGUCAAAGAGUCGAGCCUCGCCAGUGUCAAAGCCUGGCGAGUCGUCGUCUACUGUGAAUGGGGGCGGUCGCAGGACUCCCACUAGUCCAAUUAAUGCUACUGACUUGGCAAAACGGCGGUGGAGCGGUGCAGAGGUUCGCAACCGGAGCAGUGGAGGAGGAGGAGGAGGGUGGAGCUCAGACGUCGAACCCAGCCGCCAAGGGAGGCGGCAGGAUGACCAGCGUCUGAGUGACUCUGCCUCUUACUUAAUCCAGAGGAUGCUCAAUGACGGCCCUGCGCGGGCACCUCUGCCAGGUCCUGGCAAGGGUGUCUCAUCGGCGGCACGUGUCGAGCCAAGUUCUGGCUUAGAGCAGGUGUUGUCUCCCGCCGAUGAUCGAAGUGAGACCGGCACGUACACAGUCGAGACGGACCGUAUCGACCCAGACGUGGAGGAGGCCCGUCGUAGAAUUGACGAAGUGUUUGGUGUGUCCUCGUACAACCACCCGUCCAGUGUGGAGCAGUACCAGAGGGUGAGGCCGGAAGGUGACGGGGUCUCUGGUUCCAGACCAAGGAGCCAGGGCGGUUCCAUCGAUCUCAACCGCACUAAGCGGCGACUUCCGACACCACCCUCGGAGCGUGUUCCGCUAGACACCUUUGUGCCAUCCACAGAGAGCAGUGGUGCCACAGGAAACGCUGCAAGGAAGUCGGCGCCCACACCUCUUCAGACUUCCGCUCCAUGUGCCAACGCCACAGCAAGGAAGCGAUUGGGCUCCACCAGUAGCCGUCCGAGUCCUCCAUGCUCUCCGCCCAGAACUCAUCGGACCACGUUCAACAAAACUCCAUCGAACAAAGUCAUGUCAACGUCAUUUGGUGAUGGCACUUUUCUACGGCAGAAGCCAUUGGCCAGCAGUUCUGCCCAGCGCCGUAGUGCACCACCCCAGCGCAAGUCUUGGGGGCUCACUGGCUCUGAAGCCGACUUAGCUGUUAGCAGCGAUCUGGCUUGUGGCUCCGAGGAGACUGCCAGUGUUUUGUCAGACACCAGCACAGAGCCGUCGUCCCACAGCUCGGGCUCCAGGGGUGGCCCGCAGAUGAAGCUGAACCGAGCCUUUGCUCUGAGGAGGGCACGGCUGGGGCUACCAGAGGUGGGCGGUCUUCCUCCUGCGUCCGCAGCACCUCCACGUGGGAAGACUCCUCACCAUGGCAGCAAUCCCAACCUCUCAAGGCAAGAUGGCGGCCGCUUCAGCCUCCGGCUGCCCCGUGGAGUCAGAGCCACGGAUGUGGGCGUUACGAGGGCAGAACUUCUUCGUGGAAAAGCCCACCACCAACGCACCGACAGCGAUCCGACAGCUGCCAGUCGUUCACAGCAGCACUCGGUGUCUGACGGAGAAAGUCGGCACCACUCUCCCGCGAGUUCAGAGGAAGCAGGGUCUGGCAAGUCGUACAUUUCGGACGGAGACGAAGAUGCCCGGACAGGAUCUCCAGUCCAGUUCGGUCGUUCGGCCUCCUUUGGCGGCCACCGUGACCUUGCGCUUGCACCGGCUGCAUCCGACCGGCAGCACAAGGGUCGCUCUGCAGCGGUCCCGAAUACUGGCAGCUCACUGUCGCGUGGUGAAACAUUCCUCAAGGGAAGUGCAGGAGCCAGUGGCACCACGUUUGUCCGAAGCGGCCGUAAGCUGGAGAGGCAGUCUGGUGAUGGAGAGAGCAAAACACCAACAGAAAAUGGCGUCAAGACUCCAUCCACAACACCAGGCAGGAGAGAGCUGUCGGCAUUGGACAGCCUCGUGAUCUCUGCCAUCCACCAGCUGUCGGGAAAACUGCGCACUAGUGCCCGCACCCUCAUCGAGAAGGAAAGGCUGAAGUAUCCCGAGAACAGUGAUGUCCGGCUCAUGUUAGAAGAGGUUCUUCCAAGGGUUGUCGAGAGGCGACCCAGCGACUCGCCGACAGAUGGCAACCUGACGAGAGAGCUUUCAAGCAUCCUGAAGAACCUCAAAAGGAUCGAACAAUGCCUUGAAGUGCUGAACUCUUUGGCCCCGUGUGAACGUGACAGUUCGUCGGAUGUCGUCCUGGAGACCACAACCAAAACCACACCCGCUGCUCAGAAGCCGAGGGGUGGCUUUUUCUAUGUGGAUGUCUGAGAAGUCUAGGUGUGCUAGACAUCAUCUGGCUACACCUGUUGGCAUCGACCAUGUGUGUUAGUGGACAGGCAUUGGCCUGUCCAUACAGGUUACGCUGGGUUUUGUGGGAUCACACAAUGCUACGCUAACUCUAGUUUGCCUCGCAUCCGUUCUUUUACAAUUAAUUUCUAUCUUCCUAGCUUUGUUAGCAUGAGGUCAGUUCCAUGACAUUUCACUGCAAGCGCUUGUGCUAGCGAAACAUCUGUCAUUCAAGAAUCUGAAGGAUUUUGCUCAAUGUCCGCAAUAUGCCUAUUGAGUACUACUGUUCUUCAAUAAUAGGGUUUGUUUGUGCACAUUCUAGAAGGUUAUUUUAUACAUUACUUGUGUUCAUUUUUUAACUGAGUAAGGGCGUGCACACAGACACACUAGAACAAAAAAAUACACACAACAAAAGCGCAGUUAAACGUUCACGCCCGUCGACUUCUGACUAUGGUUUUAACAAGGCUAGUCUAAGAUGAACCAAUACCAACUAGCCGAACUAUCCGUGCUACUGCAGUUAUUUUUGUUCCUAUUUUUGUUGGGGGUGUGAAGUAGAGCCUCGAUAAUUUGGGACCUCUCAAUAAGCAAUCUCUCAUAGCAGUAUUACUGUUAUCCCUAAGCUUUACCAUUUAUGUGAAUACAGAAUUUGAGCAACAACCCUGCUGCUUAGUAGGUGAUAAUCUUCGGCCACAGCAGCAGCACUUCUAUUCUUGAAGGCUUGGCAGGCCGUGUACAAAUUCAUGUCCUAGUGAUGGCUCAUUCUCGGUAAUGUAAGGAGAACUCAAAGGCAAUGCUAAUAUUAGGUGCAUGGUCUGGAAAUGGUUUUAAGAGCCAGUGAUUGGUCAUAGCAGCUUCGUGCUGUGGUCUGGCUUAACAGGUCAGAGUUAUUAACAAACCGCCUUGAACAGCUCAUGGGGGGAGAAAAAAAGUGCCAAAACCAUGAUCCGAUAAGAAGGCACACUGUAGCAAUGGACCACUGUACAAUUUCGACCUACUGAGAUUUAUUUAAUGUGCUCCUAAAGCUGUACCCCAUCUUGCACGUAACUUGGAAAACUACCUAAGCUAACAGGUGUGCAAGCCAUAUACUGGCGCAGCUGACAUAGUGCCAGAUCUAAGUGCCUAGUUAUUAGCCAGAUGGAGAGCUGCAGAUUCGUUCAGUGUGUGCUGGGUUACAGCAAUACACAAUGCAUUAGAUCUUUUCUGCGUGUACUUUGUUUAAACUAUAAUGUUGCGAUUACUGCCAGGAACUGCGAUUACAUAGCACCAUGACCGCCCACUUCAAUCUGAACCCGUGCUUGCUGCAUGCCCGCUUCUUGCCCAGACAGCAAAAAGCAGGUGGGUAAUGAAACCAUUGCUUUGUCAACUUGCAGCUUAGGACAAAGCAUCAGGUAUUCUUGAUUUAUUGAGAUGAGCUGCUGCUUUUGAUGCUGCUAGGCAUACUGAGGCGAUGCUCAGUCGUAAAAGCUGUUUUAACCACAAGUUCUAGCACAGUGCUAGAACUUGUGAUUUGUUGAUGAUGGGGAACACUCUUAAAACUGCACUAUUUACUGCAUCACCAUCCUGCUCUAAUAUGAUAGGUUGUAAUCAUUGGAUAUAAACGUCAGCUGGAUGCUGAACAGAUAAUUUCACACUGGCGACUUGGAAUGCUGGCUAAAAGGGCUGUAAGAUACAGCAGAGGAAGAUACAGCAAAGCCUCAUUACCGCAUUCUUAUAAGCUCUGCUAAGGAUUACUGCAUCAAAACAUUAUUUGCAUAAAUGCACUAGGAGCACGGUGAAGAGAUGUUGAACAAACGCGGAACAGAUGCUUACAUCACGAGGAGCAUUUGCUCUUGGUAUUAGCUAAGGAGUCCUGCAGCUCCCACAGCACUGAAAGGGAGUUGGAUAGUUCGGAGAUCUUGGAUAGUUGGGAGAUGGGCACUUAAAUGGGCGUUUUUUAAUUGAAGUGUGGCUGCUAUUGCUAGUAUUGGAGCUAGUGACCUUGAGCUUGGCAACUCGUUGUAGCCACCAUUUCAGGCUCUAAAGGUGUGUGACCUGUGUACAUCUUAUGGCUUGCUUUAGCAUUUUUGUUUUCUGCUAUUAUGGAAUAUCGCUUGACAUCGUCUUUGGUCGGGAAGGCUUCAAAUCGACGAGGUCUUGCUCGACUUUUCUACAUCUCGAUUGCUUGUAAACAGAUAUGCAAGCAGUCGUAGUCAUUUCUAUGCCGAAGCAGCUACUUGUACAAAAAGACUAACCGUGUCCACUGUUGUUAAGCAUGAAGUCCAUACUUGCAAUGAACAUUUAUCCUGUUUUUGUUCUUUUUUUUUUGUUCACAGGCUGAACUUGCAGAGUAAGUCUUGUUCUUCGCCUUGUACAUAGACUUGUAAAUGAGAAGGCACUGCUUUGUGAUACUUUAAGAGGGCGAGUGUUCUGUGAUGCAUGUGUUGACAGUAUACAUAAUGCAAUGUACAUUGCUGUUGAUAUUAUAUAGAAAUAUCUCUUAUAGCAUCUUACGCCUUCUUUUUUUCUUCAAGGAGCGAGCUUGAAAUACUAAAGAGUGCUUCGAGACAAAUCCUCAUCAGGAAGAGGGGAUUUAAUGUCUCAAAGUGUAACUGCAAGGGCAGCUGUCUAAAAACUGGCGCACUUCUUUUUCUUUCCUUUUUUCUUCCUGAAGAUUGCUGAUGUUAUACCGUUUGAUUCAUACAAUUAAAAGUCUUCCGAAUCUGCGUUACAG